AAAAACGCGUAUACACAAACCUAAAUCUCAGACUCCGAUCACCGGAACAAUAAUAUUAUUCGGUAAUGGCAUGGCACCCUCCUCCCCCACCACCACCACCACCGUCCUCCUCCUCCUCACCACACUAAUCUCCUUCUUCCUCCUCCACUUCCCCCACCCUCACCCUUCCUCCACCCACCGCCGAUCACUCCUCAACACCACCACCACCACUUGCUCACACAUCCUUCAAAUCCCCCCACAUCAACGCUGCUCCUUCUCCACUCUCCACUGCUCCACCCACUCCAACGGCCUCCUCAACUACUUCUCCUUCCACUUCUGCCACUUCAACCAAAACCAAUACCUAUCUAUUCCCUUCCUCACCCUCAUCGUCAUCCUCCACUUCUACAUCCUCGUUAAAACCGCACAAGAUCAGUUCUCCAUAAUCGUCACUAAACUAUCGAAUCAUUUGAAUUUAUCUCCCAGCAUGGGCGCCGUUACAUUGCUAGCCCUAGGUAACGGCGCCCCGGAUGUUUUCGCCUCUGUCGCCGCCGUCGGUGCCGGCAACGCGCGGACUGGAUUCGGCGCGAUUUUGUCGGCUGGAACGUUUGUUUCGGCUCUGGUUGUCGGCUUCGUGGCGAUCUACGCCGCGCCGUUCGCGGUGUCGCCGGCGCCGUUUGUUAGAGAUGUGUUGUUUUAUUUGACUGCUGCUUUGUUUUUGUUUUAUGUGUAUUUGAGUGGUGAGAUAUUUGUGUGGCAGGCGGUUGGAUUUGUGGUGUUUUAUUUGUUUUUUGUUGUGGUUGUGUUCUGGAUGGAUUUAGGGUUUGGUGGUGGUGGUGGGAGGGUGAAAAGUGGUGGUGGAGAUCGGAAUGUUUCGGUCGAAAUUGAGUCUGGAAGUGGAGGUAAUGUGGGGGAGUUUGAGAAAAGGAAGGCAGGGUCUGGGAUUCGACACGCGUUUGACAAGAUAUCCAAGACUUGGGAAGUACCGGUCUCGGUAAUGUUAAAGCUCACGAUCCCACAAUCAUCGCCAUCUGAAUGGAACAGAUUUUAUCGAUCAGCCAAUAUCGCGUUAUGCCCAAUUCUUCUUAUGUACUCCUGCAAAUCAUUCGUGCCUCUAGAUCAUCCCAUUGUUUUUCUUCUUCCAAAUGUCCAUUUUUCUCUAUGGUUAGUAGUACUCUUUGCCAGCUCAUCAUUUGCACUCGUCCAUUUCGUACUCGAAAAAAAGCCCCCGAAAACCGAGCAAAUGCCAGUCGUCCUUAUAGGAUUCAUUAUGAGUGUUUUCUGGAUCUCCACAAUGGCGGGAGAGCUUUUAAACUGUCUUGCAGCACUCGGGUCGCUUCUCGAGGUGCCACCGUCGCUGUUAGGGUUAACCGUGUUAGCUUGGGGGAACUCAGUGGGUGAUCUUGUUGCUGACGUGGCUGUGGCUAAAGCGGGUCAACCGGCUAUGGCCAUGGCUGGAUGCUUCGCGGGACCCAUGUUUAACAUGCUUUUUGGGCUUGGAACCGCUUUGGUUAUCCAAACGGCUAAUGUUUACCCUGAAGCUUAUGAGCUGCAGUUUCAUGUGAGUAUUGUGGUUGCGUUUGUGUUCUUGAUAUUGAGUUUGAUGGGGUCAUUGUUGGUUGUAACGUGGUGUAGAUUCCAUGUGCCUAGAUUCUGGGGGUUUUGUCUUGUUGGUUUGUAUGCGUUCUUCAUUGCAUUAAGCCUGGUCAUUGCGAAGCUCCAAUUCUGAUCGUUUGGUCAUAUUUUUGGUAAACAUAUUGUUGAUCUCGUUAGAUAUUAUUGAUACGAGAUAGAUGUCUUCGUCAUUCAGAUGGAAGGUUAAUUUAUUGUAUCUAGUAUCGUGUAUCAUUAAAAGUUGUUGCAAGUUGGUUUUUAUGUUAUCUUCAGCUACUUUGCUGGACGGUGGACUUGAGAGAAUAAAUAUACACACGCAGAUUUUUACAA